AUGGCUGAAUCAACAUUUGCUUUCAAUGUGGCCUACACAGUUCCCGUGAAUGGCGAGGGGAUGACUCCAACUCUUACUUAUGGGGAAUUCUGGAAGGGGUUACGUCGCGGCGGCCGCAAUCCGCACGAUUUCGCCGACUAUGUCGCUAGCACUGAAGUACACGCGGACCAAACGGCCACCGAGUUCAAACGGAGUUUAACGCUGGCCGAUGGAGCUGUGCACAGUACGCGGGGGACAGUUCUGCACCAGGAUGUUCGUAUUGCAGAGGGACUCCAUGUUGAGGCAACAACCACGGAUACCGGUGCUAAGAGCACGAUGUUGUUGUCUUACGGUGGGGCCCCUGGGGAAGGGGAGUUGACAUUGUUCCUGACAGCUAUGUACGAGCUACGAGUGGAGGGAGUGAUCCCAGGCAGUCCCGAGGCAAAUGCCAUCGAAACCAACUAUGCACAGUUGGCUAAGGGUGCGGCAAUUACAGCGGUGGAGAAGAUUCGCUUGUGGAAGGUGGAAGAUCGUCUGGAUGCUCCGUAG